CGCGGCUGUCGCCGUACUGACUGUGCGACCUCAGGGCUUGCCGCGCAGCCGAGGCCGCCCGAGAGAAGCCGACGGGCGCCGAAGCUGCAGCGCUGCGAGACACGAGCGAGUAGCCAGCCGCCAGUAGCCAGCCGGGCGCCGACGGCGGUACGUCGCUCCAUAAUGACCAUCUCACGGCGGAUGGUGGUCGUGUCGGUGUUGGUGGCGAUGACCGCAGUGUGCGGGGCACUGCCCCAGGGUGGCGGCCAGAGCUUGUCCGAGCUGAUCAAGGGAGCCACGACGCGCCGCCCAGGUGGACCUGCACCUGCGCCCCCCUCAACACAGACACAGUCUCCGGCAGCAGCUGGAGUCCCACACCAGGACAGGCCAAGUGGGUCGAUGGCGCAGGGUGACUGCGAGUGCGUGCCCUACUACCUGUGUCAGAACGACUCGAUCAUCACUGACGGGGUCGGCCUCAUCGACAUCAGGUCGGGCCUCGACUCUCUUUCCAUACGCCUUUCACGUUCUGCUGAGCACCCGGGGAUUCAAGAUGGCCCUUGUGAAAAUUAUUUGGAUGUUUGCUGCAAAAAACCACAGACUGUGGACAGGCCUAUCACACCUACUCCACAUAUAAGAAGUGGCUGUGGCCGCCGUAACCCGGAAGGCGUGGGCUUCCGCAUAACGGGCAACAAUGACAAUGAGGCACAGUUUGGGGAAUUCCCUUGGAUGGUGGCAAUCCUCAGAGAAGAGAGCGUCAAUGGAAACCCAGAGAAAUUGAAUGUUUAUCAAUGUGGUGGUUCACUGAUACACCGUGAAGUUGUUCUGACUGCCGCUCAUUGUGUUGCUGGGAAGGAUGUAAAUCAAAUGAAAAUCAGAGCUGGUGAAUGGGAUACACAAACGAAAAAUGAAAUUUAUCCCCAUCAGGAUAGAAGAGUAAAGGAGAUCAUUGUUCAUGAAAAUUACCAUGCAGGAGCUCUUUACAAUGAUGUAGCUCUUCUUUUGCUUCAAGAACCUGUGGAUUUGGCAGAGAAUGUAGAUGUGGUGUGUCUGCCUGACAGAAACACUGUUGUCAACAGUUCACAUUGUUUUGCAAGUGGUUGGGGAAAAGAUGUGUUUGGAAAGGAAGGAAAAUACCAAGUAAUAUUGAAAAAAGUUGAGCUGCCCAUUGUGCAACACCACACUUGUCAAGAAGCACUUCGGCGAACUAGAUUGGGCCCUUACUACAAGUUAGACAAGUCAUUCAUUUGUGCUGGUGGACUGGCAGGCCGCGAUACAUGCAAGGGUGAUGGAGGCAGUCCUCUUGUUUGUCCACGACCUAAUGACCCGGCCACAUAUGAGCAGGCUGGAAUUGUGGCUUGGGGUAUAGGGUGUGGUGAGGAUGGUACACCUGGAAUUUAUGCAAAUGUUGCUGGAUUAAGAAACUGGAUCGAUGAACAGAUGGUUUACAAUGGUCUUGAUGUUAAUGCAUAUGUACCUUGAAAUUAAAUAAUAUUUUGCUUUGUAAUGAACCUUACUUUAUAUUUAUUCAUUAUUAUUGACAACGUGUAUAUCAGUUUGUCUCUUUAUCUAAAUAAUUAAGAACAGGUACAAAAUACAAAGUAAAAAAGUGUAUGAAAGUCAUUAUGUUUUAGGACUGUUACGCACAUCAGAAAUCACUUUAAGUGUACUAGGUGUUAUCAUUUUUUAUUUUUAGGGUAAUGUGAUUGUAUGUAACCUUUUUUAAUGAAGAUAUUUGAUUGAUACCCAGCGGGAAAAAUUGUUAGGUAUACAACUCUGGAAGCCUAUAUUUCAGUGUUUCCAGUUGUAAAUAUCUACCAAAAUAUUUUUACAGUGUCUGUACAUUGACUUUUAUCUUAUUUUAUCAUAUUGUUUUUUUUUCUGAAAAUUGGACAAAUGAUUAAACCACAGCAAUGAAUAAAUGUUGAUGUUCACCUGA